AUGGAAGAGCAAGUCUUGGGACAAAGCCACGACUGUGAAACCGCUGCAGAUAAGAGUGACCAGAAGCUGCAAGAUGUGACUCUUGCUAAGACCACUCACUGGGGAAAGAUCAAAGCUAUGCUUGAAGAAAAGAUCGAUGAAUUGAGCCAAGGACUUCACCGAGUAGCUUCUGACAAUGCAGCACUCACUAGAUCGUUGCAAGAACGAUCUGAGAUGAUAGUAAAGAUUAGUGAGGAGAGGUCUAAAGCUGAAGCUGAUGUGGAAAAGCUGAAAGACUAA